AUGCCAGGCCAGGACCAAACAACUCAGAGAGAAAAAGAGGUUCAGAAAAGACUCCAGACCAGGGGCCAGGUAGAUCUGGAGAAAAAAACAGCUUCAGAGAAGAUGCCUAGUCAAGACCAAAGAGCUCCAGAGAAAAAAAUAACUUCAGAGAAAACACCAGGCCAGGGCCAGAUGAUCCCAGAGAAAAAAAUAAUUUCAGAGAAAUCUGCUUCUGAGAAAGCAUCAUCCCCAGAAAAGAACAUGGUCCCUGAGGAAACGUUGGCCCCAAAGAAGAUAUUAGCUGGGAGAAGCAUUGAUUCAGGGAAGACAUUAGGACAGGAGAAGGGAUUAGUUUCAGAAAAAGGGUCAGUCUCUGAGGAAUACUUGACCCCCAAGAAGUUAUCAACUCGGGAGAGGGCAUUGGCUUUUGAGAGGACAGCGGCUCAGGAGAACAUUGACCCAGAGAAGGGGUCAGUUCGGGAAAAAGUAAUGGUCCUCAAGGAAGCCAGACCUGGCAACCCCCCAGUUCAGGCUCAAGAGCAGAAGGACUCUGAGAGGGAUGUGCUAGAAAAGAAAGAGCAAAAAAGAAGGGAGGCCUCAGAAAAGUCAACCUCUUCAGAGGGACCUGGACAGGAGAGGAAGUCAGAACCUCAGGCAGUGGCUUCUCGCUUCCAGCCCUUCACCCUCCAGGUGAAGAUCCCAAGCAAAGAGGAAGAAACAGAAUUGACCUCUCCAAGCCAGGUCACCUACAGCAGUUCCCUCAGACGCUCCAGUCCCGGACCACUCUCCUUCGAUGAACACCAGGAAAGAAAACCCAGAGACAACGUUUACCCUGCCAGCGUGAGGCUUCCAAGCAACACAGUCAAGUUAGGGGAGAAGUUGGAGAGAUACCAUACAGCUAUACAGAGAUCAGAAUCUGUCAAGUCUCCAGGCUCUUCCCGGGCUGAGUUUUUUGUGGCUCCUGUUGGGGUGGCCAGCAAGAGGAGCCUCUUUGAGAAGGAGCAGGUCAGGAACAGCAGGGCUGAGCCAGCUCUGAGCAGGAAGGAGGACCUGAGACUCUCAGGUGUGGUGACCUCCCGGCUCAACCUGUGGAUCAGCAGAACCCAGGAAGCUGGAGGAGACCAGGACUCCCAGGUAAUGGACUCCUCCCUGUUCACCCUGAGCUAA